AUGUAACUUAGCAGUGAAUGGACUGUAUGGUAGCACAGUUUUAUUACCAUCAAUGCUUGGCCAUUUGUCAUCUCAGAAUUAUGAAAGAUCUCUGACCCAUUGUCUGUUACAGAUAUACUGCUUAUUCCUGUAUGGUAUAGUUGAAUUUACUAUUUUAACAGUGAUGAGCUAUGACCGUUAUGUUGCUAUCUGUCACCCAUUACACUAUCACCUCCUCAUGUCCCCUAGAAAGAAAUUGUCUUGUUUUGACACGAGUGUUGACAACAUUGUUGGAAUGGCGUUAAUUAUAGUGUGUCCUGGUCUGCCGAUUAUCCUGAUACUAUUUUCCUACGCGCAAAUACUCAGAAUCUGCCUCUUUGCUUCUAAGGAAUCUCAAAUGAAAGCUCUGCAGACAUGCACCCCACACUUAGUGACUGUGAUGAACUAUUCUGUGGGAGUCUUAUUUGAGCUUGUGGAGAGUUCAUUUAACAUGAGUAACAUCCCACACAAAGCUCGCAUAUUCCUGUCUCUUUACUUUCUGAUAAUUCCGCCAUUGCUUAAUCCUGUCAUUUAUGGAAUGAGCAUUCACACCAUAAGAGUUCAGAUUUUCAAGUUGUUCCUUGCUAAAGAAAAAGUAAAUUCUCUCAACUCUAGGUGA